AUGGGAAAAUAUGUAAUCACCGGCAUCAAGGCCGGUGUCACUCCUGACACAGUACCCCUCCGCCUAGAGGUUGACAGUUGGUACCCGGGACAGACCAAGGAACACCUCCUCCAGAACAGCCUUUUCAUCUGGGCUCUACGUUUUCUAGAGGACAAGGAUCCUAAAGAAAAGCUCUCCUACUUCCAGAUCGCCGGUAUCCAUGGAUCCCCUUAUGAGCCCUGGGAUGAGAAUACCCAGGCUCAAACCCGAAAUCAGGGUUACUGCACUCACGACAGCAUUCUCUUCCCUUGCUGGCAUCGACCGUACGUGCUUCUAUUCGAGCAAGUUUUAUAUGAGAUUAUGCAGAACGAGGUGAUCAAGAAGCUUCCCGAAAAUGUGCGAAAAGUUUGGCAUGACGCAGCUGCCACCUUCCGAUUGCCCUAUUGGGAUUGGGCGGAGAAAAAGAAGCGAGGCAACUCGGUCGUCUACGAUGUCCCGGUAAUUGUCAAAGACCCUCAAAUAGAAGUUCUUAACUUGAAGGAUGGUAUAACCGUGGUCAAAAUCGACAAUCCAAUGUACAAAUUCACUAUGCCAGGUGGAGUAGCAAUGGGUUCUUAUCGUGUUGGAGACGUGGAUAGUAAGACGUCAGAUGACAAAAAGACUACUAUUCCGUUUUCCAAGUCCAAAGGCACCAGCAGAUGGGCCCCUUACGAACCUGAUUCGUCCAAUGUCUCUGCCGAGUGGGUGAAUGGAGUGGUCGAUAAUGAGAUGGCGGCCAACGCACUCAGCGACCAUAAGUGGUAUAAAGGAGAAAAGGUGCCCUUGGCCGAGAUGACAUACCGUCUCUUUUUACCACAAUACAUCACUUCGUUCUCUCAGUUCGCCACAACAAAAUACAGUGAAACUCAUGGGGCAGCAUCAUACUUGAACCUGGAAUUUGUACACAACAAUGUUCACAACUGGACCGGCGGUGCAGACAAGUACAUCGGACAUAUGGCAGAGGUUCCAGUAGCUGCGUUUGACCCGAUCUUCUUCAUGCAUCAUUGCAAUGUCGACCGACAAUUCGCUAUCUGGCAAGCCCUUAACGUGGACAACAAAGAUAACUGGUUCGAAAGGGAGGAUGAACAACUACCAGAUAACGGCACUUGGUCGAUUAAGGAAGGAUCCAAUGACACUCCGAAAACUCCACUGGCUCCUUUUCACAAGGACACUGAGGGAACUUACUUUACAUCUGACGAUAUUAGGGACUGGACGCAGUGGGGUUACUCGUACCCCGAGCUUCAACCCUGGCUACCUAAGUAUAAGCCAGAGGGCAAAUUCGACAAGCAGCUCUAUCUCAAUGACAUCCAAAAUCAGUUGAAAAAGCUUUACAGUACUCCCGAGGUGGAGAACGCUCCGGCCGACAUCAUCACCAACGUUGAGUACAAGAGGUUCGCCUUGGAUGGCAUCCCAUAUACCGUAUAUUUCUUCAUUGGUGAUGAAGAUGAGAUUAACCAGUACAAAGAACCACUCUACACCCACCCGAGCCUCGUGGGGUACGUAUACACGUUCACUAAUCCGGUUUACCAAAACCCGAAUGCGCCAGGAUGCGGAAACUGUAGGGUUAAGUCCGCUGAGGGAACAAAGUCGACGGCUCAGAUACCUAUCACCGCCGCACUACUCCUCCGCGUAUCUUCCCCGCAGGAUGUCGCAUCAACGACCAGUGGCCACAGCUUGCCCUCGAUCACGGAUCCCGAACACGUGUCACAGUACCUUGAGAAGAAUCUCCAUUGGAAGGUCAAAGUAGUAUGUUUGAGUAACUUUUCUUCUAUUUGUCCCUCGCGCUCGCCUACCCAUAGAGAUCCUUAA